AUGCCUCGCCGCCGCAACGAUGACCGUCCACACCCUUUCGCAAACUACGAUCCUAACAACCCCAACGACUACGCAUUCGGCAUCGAGCGCGAUGCAGACGGCAACGAAACAUACUUCUCAGGCCACGUUGAGCCGCGCCGGGGGCCACCGCAACGCGCUCCCAAUCCCGACACAGCGUUCGGAGAAGGUUUCUGGGACGGAGCAUUUGAAGGGCAUGGUGUGGGUGCAUUUCACGGGUAUCAUCAUGGUUAUGGAGUUGGUGGUAUGGAAGGGUUUAGGAGGGGUGAUGUGCAUGGAUUUCGUGCUGGGUAUGAUCACGGCGGGUAUGAGGGGUAUCAUGGGGGUUAUGGGGAAGGAAUGUAUGAUGGGUAUGAGGACUUGUACGAUUAUGGCGGCUACGAUGAUUAUGAUGAUUAUGAUCUUGGUGAAUAUGGGGAAUAUUGGGGGCAUGACAACAAUGUGGGCUAUGAUAGGUAUGGUAGGUAUGGUGGAUAUGGUUACUAUUGA